AUGACAAGAAUACUUCAGAAGCAAGAUUUGGAUAAAUUACCUUCAAAUUUAAUUUAUUAUAAAUUCAAUAAUGGAUGGGGAAAUUGUAGUUAUUUUGAUUCUUCCGAAGAAAUAAAGAAUAUAUUAAAUGCAUAUUCUGGUAUUGGAAAUUAUAUUGAUAACAUUGUAAAUUCUUUGUGUUAUGUAUCUGAUAUGAAUGAAAACAAUUCAUUCUAUAAAGAACGUUGUCAUUUUUUGUAUUAUUGGAUAGGAGAUAUAUUAUUUAACAAUUUAGAAGAUGUUACGUCAUUUUCAAACGUUAUGAAUACGAUCUACACUGAAUUGCAGAAGUUUAAUCUUGAAGAUAAUUGUAACAUUAUAUACACUGAUAUUAGCAAAAAUUUUUUUGAUCAGAGGAAAAUAAUAUAUGAUUACUCUCAAAACUAUGCAACUAUAAAACAAGAUUUACGGGAUUAUGGUAAUUCUUGUAGUCAAGAAUAUUAUGAUUACGUUGGAAAAAUUGUUUCAACAUAUAAUAUUGUAGAUAUAAAUUGUAAAAGUAAUUCUGAUAAAUAA